CCACCCACCGACAGCGAAACAGCACGAUGUCGACCUUCGAGCCAGUGGUUGUCAUCGACGGCAAGGGCCACCUUCUCGGUCGCCUGGCGUCCACCGUCGCCAAGCAGCUCCUCAACGGCCAGAAGGUCGUUGUCGUCCGCUGCGAGGCCCUCAACAUCUCCGGAGAGUUCUUCCGCGCGAAGCUGAACUACUCGGCCUUCCUGCGCAAGCAGACCCGUUACAACCCCACCCGCGGCGGUCCCUUCCACUUCCGCGCUCCCUCCAAGAUGUUCUGGCGCACUGUCCGGGGCAUGGUUCCCCACAAGACUGCCCGUGGCGCCGCUGCCAUGGAGCGCCUCAAGACCUUCGACGGUGUUCCCCCUCCCUACGACCACCAGAAGCGCAUGGUCGUUCCCCAGGCCCUCCGUGUCCUUAGGUUGAAGCCCGGCCGCAAGUACUGCACCGUCGGUCGUCUGGGUCACGAGUUCGGCUGGAAGUACCAGGAUGUCGUCUCCAGGCUCGAGGAGAGGAGGAAGGUCAAGAGCGCCGCCUACUACGAGCGCAAGAAGGUUGCCAGGAGGCAGCUCCAGGAGGCGUCGAAGAACGCGAAGGUGGACGAGAAGGUCAAGACCCAGCUCGCCGAGUACGGCUACUAGAUUCGUUGAGCCAACAACGGUGGCACGGUUUCGACUGCGAGGGUAGUGGACAUGGUCUGGCGCGGGUACCUGGGAAUUGGGAGAUGGUUUUAAGAAAAGAAAACUCCUUGUUCUCCAAGUUUCGACUAUGCCGGCACGAAAAAAUCCGACGACUUCAAGUGGGAGGCAUCGUAUGGGUUUAUUCACACACACAAUCCAAAUGGCUUCUCAUACCACAAAGUACUUUGUUUUUUAUAUUGCCUUGCGCUGCUUAUGGGAUUGUAGUAAGAUUUCGACUAAACGGGUAGAAACAGCCCUUUUUCAGCGUGUG